AUGGGGGACUGGAACUUGUUGGGCAAGCUGUUGGAGAGUGCCCAGGAGCACUCCACUGUAGUGGGCAAGGUCUGGCUGACUGUGCUCUUCAUCUUCAGGAUCCUGGUGUUGGGAGCUGCAGCUGAGAAGGUGUGGGGUGACGAGCAGUCUGGCUUCACCUGCGACACCAAGCAGCCUGGUUGUCAAAAUGUCUGCUAUGACAAGACUUUCCCCAUCUCUCACAUCCGCUUCUGGGUGCUGCAGAUCAUCUUUGUGUCCACGCCCACUCUGAUCUACCUGGGCCACAUCCUGCACCUGGUGCGCAUGGAGGAGAAACAGAAGCAGAAGGAGAAAGACUUGGCUGCGCAGCUGGCCAUCCACAAUGACAAGCAGCAGCUGCUGCCCGACACUAAGCCCAAGAAGCCCCCAGUCCGGGACGAUCAGGGCCGCAUCCGCCUGCGAGGGGUCCUGCUGCGCACCUAUGUCUUCAACAUCAUCUUCAAGACCCUGUUUGAGGUGGGAUUUAUCGUAGCUCAGUACCUGCUGUAUGGGUUUGAGCUGAAGCCACUGUACACCUGUAACCGCUCACCCUGCCCCAACGUGGUGAACUGCUACAUCUCCAGGCCCACAGAAAAGACAAUCUUCAUCCUCUUCAUGCUGGCAGUGGCGUUCAUCUCACUGCUACUGAACCUAGUCGAGAUGUAUCACCUGGGGUUCACCAAGUGCCGCCAGGGCCUCCGGUAUAGACGUGCCCAGUCCACAUUUGAGGCAGGGUACAAGGCCCCCAGCGAGGCAGUAGUGCCCUUUGACCCGAACUAUAACUACUUCCCCAGGCACCACCCAGCCCCCGAGCCCUACCAUGCAGACGAGUACAUCUUAACUGAGCCUGACACUGCCUACCACCCCUACAGCAGCAAAGUGGCUUACAAGCAGAACAGAGAUAACCUGGCCGUAGAGAUGAACAGUAAACCAGAAGGGGGUGACACCACAGAAAAUAAAGGUUCCAGUUCUGCUCCAGGGUCGCCUGCAGAGAACCAACGGCGACCAAGUCGAUCCAGCAAGCACAGCAAUAAUAAGACUAGACUAGACGAUCUAAAGAUCUGA